AUAAGAAGGCAAAUGAGUACUAAAGUUAGUCACCCAGUUUUGCAUGUUUUGUGUCAAAUUGUUGCUGCUGCAGCACGGCCUGCGUUUGAUCUGAAUUUCCUCAGUCAUUCUGUCGAACCUCACGGAAGGCAACAGGGUAGGCCAAAUUGGAGCACAGCCCCAUUAUGGAUGAGGAAUACCAGCAAUCCAGUGUGGAUAAUGAUGCUGUAGCUGAGCCGGUGGCCGAUCCUCCUGUAUCCCUAUUACAGUCGGGAGAUCCAGAAGUGACAACAUUGCCAUCCCAACAGCUAACAACUCCAUGCUUGUCCCAACCGUCAGAGGCUACAGUGACAUUUCCACCAUCUUGUAGUACCUCAGCAUCAUUUUCUUCUAGCUACCUUCGACAAGGUGUGGAUUUGACAGCUUUGACUCCCGGUGACAUGCCGAGUGGAUUUGGUGGAGAUAUGGCCCACAAGUGUGUCAAGUGCAGUUCCAGCUUCAACUCCUCGUAUGAACUUUCCAUACACUGGCAGGAAGAGCACAGAGAAAAUUACAAGUGCAAACGCUGUGAGCGCUGCUUUGCCAAGAAGCAUAACCUCUUGAGGCACAACUGCGUGAACGCCUGCAAUAUCUGCGGUCAGCAAUUCACCCGCCGCUACAACCUGAAACUGCACAUGCAGGUGCACGGAGACGGCUCCAAGAUGUACAAGUGUGAAUACUGUGGCAAGAGCUUCACACGGCGGUACACGCUGCUGACACACACACGCUCCCACAGCGGCAUCAAGCUAUUCAAAUGCAGCAUCUGCGGGAAGGCUUUCACGCGACAACACACGCUCAACCUGCACCUCAAGCGCCACGUACAGGGGCAGUCCAAGGCCAGCUUUUUCUGCAGGAAGUGCUACGCUGUCUUUAAUGAUGCAGUUAGCUUACAGUUGCAUCGGGAAAAUGAACACUCCAAAGCAAAGAAGGAACAAACUGUACAGAAUUCUGCAAUGUCUCAGGCUGUCCAGUCUUCUGCAAAUGUUGUGUUUCCAAACAACUGUGCUGGUUACAUUUAUGGAACCGAGAAUGUAAGUCUUCCUGAGUCCUAUCACGUUGGCCCCUAUUACCAACAAGAGGAUGUAAGCCAACUUCAAAACAUUCAAAGAGAUGGCAGUUCUUCCAAUCCCAACAUUGAGCAGGGAAGCUUUAAUGACAGCAAGGAUAACAGCUUGAUGCUUGAAAAGUCUAGGCACCCAGCAUCCUUGGAAAAGCAACAUUGGUUUAAUGAGAAAGAUGAUAGUCAAGAUUCUUCCCCUGGUCAACAUGAUCCACCGGCUUUGGAGGAGAAUUCGGCUGUACAGGGUUCCUCAACCAACAUCGUCACUGUAGUGGACAGUGAGGAUGAAGCGUUGAAAGAACCUCAGUGUUCAAAUGAAUUGGUUGAUGUCAGUCAAGGCACUAUUGGUCUUGAUGAUAGUGGUUGUGGUUCAGAGGUGCAUGUUACGGUUGGCCGUGACACGGAACCAGUAGAGGAGACACGGAGGUCAUUAUUUCCCAUGGACAACAGCAAACGGGACAAGAGGAUGGGACAUCGCAUGCACCGUCCUUUCUAUAGUGGCUGGAAACACGGGGACAGAAUGGUGAAAGAAACCUCAGAAAUCCGAAUAGACAUCGUGGAUCCCAAUUCUCUGGAGGAGAUCAACCCUCCCUUGACGCCUCCACGAAGUAGUGAUACCUCAACCCCAAGAUUAAACCAAGCUUCCUCUGAAUCUGGGAGCCCAAGCACUGCGUCGAUCCUGGAGAUGAGCCCAACUUAUACCAGUCAGCAUCAUGCCUCCAGGAUGAAACAGUCACAGGGUGCCACAGCCGGUGUUUCACAGAACAAGUCUUGUUCUUCAAGUAGGUUACCUAGUCAAGAACAGCCAGCCCUUCACAAAAACACUGCAUAUCGCAGUGGCGAUAAGAUGCACAGUGCCUUGCAACCUGGGGGUAACAGUUCUGACUGCAGCUCCUCAGAGAUGGCUGCCCAGCAUAUAGCGAAGCAUAGUAAGGACAACCCUGAUGGUGACGUUGACACGAAGUGGCGCUGUGCCCACUGCGGAAUCACAUUUGAAGAAAGUCUGAUGUAUGUUGUACACAUGGGUUGCCACGGGCAAUUGGACCCAUUCCAGUGCAGCAUGUGCGGACUUAAGUGUUUAGAUCGAAUGGCAUUUACUCUGCAUAUAAUCGGUGGAAAACACAUACAUGUAAGACCUAAAUCUUGAUGGCCAAAAUGUUUACUAUAUUUUGUGUUCGAAAUACAGAUGCGAACCUUGUACAAAAAAGUCUCUUGACUUGACUAGGUAAAGUCAAAAACAUUUGUACUUGGAGUGGAGUAACCUACAUACAUGUACAUGAACAGUGUAUCUUGUAUUUCACUUAUUACGCAGCAUACAUGUACAAUAAAUAUGUUUUGUUACAAUGCAAAAUAUGGACACUCUACUUUUGUGGUGAAUCUCUUGUUGAAAGCCACAUUGUCGGAGAACUGUCACAAUUGUAUUCAGGCUCAAGUACUGUAAAUUAGUGACUGUUUCAGAAUAAGGUCAGAACUGAGGUCAAGGUUGAUCCCCAAGAGCCAGUCACAGACUUUUCUGCAUUAUUACAAAGUCUGCUUGAGCUUAACCCUGGAAAAUAGGCAAUCUCACCUGUUCACUCACACAGGCUUGAAUGUUGAGAUAUGUACAUGUACAUGUGUAAGUUUGAUAUUGAUUGAUCAGAUUCAGUCAGUCACUUUUGUACAUUUAAAUUUGGAUUAAAACUAGCUAAGCUUUGUGUGGUUUCUACGCACCCAGAGGAUGUUAUCUUACCAAGGAUGUUACAAAAAGCCAACCAUGGGUUUUUUGCUCUCCUGGUGGAAAGGAUUGAUAAAAUACUGAAUUAAGGAAAGAUAGAGGCUUGUGAAAACAUGUCCAUGUACUAGUCCAUGUCC